ACGAUGGGGCACUAUUCCUCCCCCCCCACUGACACCAACGAUGGGGCACUAUUCCUCCCCCCACUGACACCAACGAUGGGGCACUAUUCCCCCCCUCCCACUGACACCAAUGAUGGGGCACUAUUCCCCCCCCUGACCCCAAAGAUGGGGCACUAUUUCCCCCUCCACCACACUGACAUCAAUGAUGGGGCACUAUUCCUCCCACUGACACCAACGAUGGGGCACUAUUCCUCCCCCACUGACACCAACGAUGGGGCACUAUUCCUCCCACUGACACCAACGAUGGGGCACUAUUCCUCCCAC